GUGUGUGUGUGUGUGUGUGUGUGUGUGUGUGUGUGUGUGUGAGUGAGAGUCCAGUGGCAGUCAUUCCCUCUGUUGGCCCCUCCUGAAGUUGAGGAGACAGGAGUGGAAGGGUGAAAGUGUGUGUGUGUGUGUGUUCAGACGAGAGUGGCAGCUGAAGACACGAGAGGCGCUGCUCUGUCUUUCUGAAACCUGUGUGUGUGUGUGUGAGUGUGUGAGCUGAAGACACAAGAGGCACUGCCCUGUCUUUCUGAAACCUGUGUGUGUGUGUGUGUGUGUGUGUGUGUGUGUGUGAGCUGAAGACACGAGAGGGGCUGCGCUGUCUUUCUGAAACCUGUGUGUGUGUGUGAGUGUGUGUGUGUGUGUGAGACUCAUGGUGCUGGAUCUAGGGACAGACAAGAUGGCAGGAAGCCCCAGCCAAGGCUCUCCACUCCCAGAGUGCGACUGCGACGUCAACAGGGUGAAGAAGCUGAAAGAGACCCUGUUGGCGGUGCAGCAGCUGGAUAAGAACAUGUGUAGUUUGCGCUCCUGGCUCGCCCACAUUGAGACGGAACUCUCCAGACCCAUCGUCUACGACACCUGUGAUGCCCAGGAGAUCAAACGCAAGCUCAACCAGCAGCAGGAGCUGCAGAGGGACAUAGAGAAGCACAGCACUGGAGUGGCGUCGGUGUUGAACCUGUGUGAGGUGCUGCUGCACGACUGCGACGCCGUCGCCACGGAGACCGAGUGCGACUCCAUCCAGCAGGCUACACGCAGCCUGGACCGCCGCUGGAGGAACAUCUGUGCCGUCGCCAUGGAGAGGAGACUCAAGAUUGAGGAGACGUGGCGGCUGUGGCAGAAGUUUCUGGAUGAUUUCUGCCGCUUCGAGGAGUGGCUGAAGGCCUCGGAGCGCACCGCCGCGCUGCCCAACUCCGCCGGGGUCCUCUACACCGUCGCCAAGGAGGAGCUGAAGAAGUUUGAGGCGUUCCACCGUCAGGUGCAGGAGUGCCUGACCCAGCUGGAGCUGAUGAACAAACAGUACCGCCGUCUGGCCCGGGAGAACCGCACCGACUCGUCCUGCCGCCUGCGCGAGAUGGUGCACGACGGCAACCGCCGCUGGGACAACCUGCAGAAGAGAGUGGCGUCCAUCUUACGCCGCCUCAAGCACUUUAUCAGCCAGCGGGAGGAGUUUGAGACAAACAGGGACAGCAUCCUGGUGUGGCUCACGGAGAUGGACCUGCAGCUCACCAACAUCGAGCACUUCUCCGAGUGUGACGUCCAGGCCAAGAUUAAACAGCUCCGGGCGUUUCAGCAGGAGAUGGGUCUGAACGCGGCGAAGAUCGCGGCGGUGUUCAGGCAGGGGGAGGUGCUGCUGGGGAGGAGCGAGCCGCUGGACGCCGCCGUCGUGGAGGAGGAGCUGGAGGAGCUGAGGAGAUACUGCCAGGAGGUGUUCGGACGCGUGGAGCGCUACUACAGACGACUCACACGCCUGCCGCUGUCGGAGGAGGACUUUGAGGGCUCGGACCGUGAGCUGGAGGAGAGCGCUGACCUCGCUGACCUCCAGUGGGAGGAGUCUAGUUCCCCCCCCCCCUGCAGCGGCGGCCCCCCCUUCCCCGCCCCCUCGGGCCGAGACACCCCCGCCAGCGUUGAGUCCAUCCCUCUGGAGUGGGACCACGACUAUGACCUGGAGCCCAUGGGUCAUACCAUCCCCACAGAGGGGGGGGGGACGCCACCACCGCCACAACAUGAGGGUGAGGAGGUCAUCAUCAGGGGCACUACUGCUCUCACAGAUGUGGUGAUUCCUGACAGCCCUGAGGCCUACAUUAGACUAACUCAGGACACUCUCAGGUCCACCUCGGGGGAGCCCGGCCAUCAGGAUGCUGGACGCUACCACCCCCAGCAGACAGAGGGCGCUGUGGGCAGGGCCCAGGAUGCAGGACGCUACCACCUCCAGCAGACAGAGGGCGCUGUGGGCAGGGCCCAGGUCUCCUCCACCCCGGAGCUGGACUCCCCUUACAUGGCCUACAUGAGGCUGAUGGGAGAUUGUCGCGGCAGCAUGAAUGCAGUGAAGAGGGUGGAGGAAGAGUUGGAGGAAGACAGGGAUGACCUCUCUGGACGCCGUGACAGUAACCAUGACAGCACAGAGACACAGAACACAGGAGUGAUCGAGAGAUGGGAGCUGCUGCAGGCCCAGUCCAACCUGCCGCCAUGGCAACAGCUGACCUCUGACCUGUAUGCCAUGGAGGCGUGGCUCAACGAGGCAGAGGAGGAGCUUAAUCUGAUGAGGGGGCUGGACUUCAGUACAGACAUUCACACCAUCCAGCAGAGAAUCAGGAAACUCAAGGAGCUGCAGAAGGCUGUGGAUGUUCAUAAGUCCAAAGUCUUGUCCAUCAACCUGAGCAGUGUGGACCUCCUCCAAUCAGACAGUGAGGAGGGGCGGGAGCUACAGGCCAGGCUGGCGCAGAUGAACGCUCGCUGGGAACGAGUCGCCUCCUCUCUGCUGAAGUGGAGAUGUGGACUCCAGGAGGCCCUGAUGCAGUGCCAGGAGUUCCAUGAGCUGAGUCACGGGCUGCUUCUGUGGUUGGAGAGUAUGGACCGCCGGAGGAACGAGGUCAUCCCCAUCACCGCAGGACUCCACGUCAACACACUCCUCACACACCACCACACACUCACGCGGUUGCAGUCGGAGCUGCAGGCGUCAGAAGAGCGGGUGGAGGCGCUGCAGGACCUGUCUGAGCAGCUGCUGGUGGAGGAGGAGGAGGAGGAAGAGGAGGAGGAAGAAGAGGAGGAGGAGGAGCGGGGGGAGCGCGUGCGGAGGAGCGGGGAGUGUCUGGAGGCUCAGGAGCGCGUGCACGUGAUCGGCAACCGCCUGCGGACGCUCCAGAGGGCCGUGACCUCCGACCUCCAGCAGCUAGAAGCAGCACUCAAAGUGAGUUCAGACAAGGUGUGUGUGUGUGUGUGUGUGUUGUCUAAUGAUUCCUCCUGUGUUCUUCCCUCUGGACAGAGCGCUGCUUCCAGGUCUGUGGUGGACGAGCCGGACGCCGCAUCAUCAGUGCGGGACGCCGCAGCAUCAUCAGUCAGCGCCCCCGGCCGCCUGAGAACGCCCCGGAGCAAAAGCAGCCAAUCACAGACCGGAGCUCUGGCCAGCCACCCGCGCUGCAGAUCGCUCGGAGGCGGUGGUUCGUCCCGUUCCGAGCGCUCCUCCUCCUCCCGGGCUGUAGGUGGCGCUGUGGUGCCGUGCUGCCAGUCGUCCUUCUUCCUGCGCGUGCUGCGAGCGGCUCUUCCUCUGCAGCUGCUGCUGCUCCUGCUGCUGGCCCUGGUCUGCCUGGUGCCCAUGACGGCGGAGGACUACAGCUGUCACCAUGCCAACAACUUCGCCCGCUCCUUCCACCCCAUGCUACGCUACACCAAUGGGCCGCCCCCAAUCUAAGCCCCGCCCCGCCCCCAAAAUGCAUAGA